AUGUUAUCUAUAUUGCGCAAAGCCAGGCUUAAAGAUAAGGAGAUGCGAAUAUUGAUGCUCGGACUUGACAAUGCUGGCAAGACGACCAUCGUCAAGAAGAUCUUGAACGAGGACGUGAAUACAGUCAGUCCCACAUUGGGCUUCAUUAUCAGGACUAUCGACUUCAACGGCUUCAGGCUCAACAUAUGGGACGUGGGAGGUCAGAAAACGAUCAGGUCGUACUGGCGCAACUACUUUGAAAAAACAGAUGCUUUGAUCUGGGUAGUCGAUGCGACAGACCACUUGCGAAUAGAUGAUUGUCGAGCAGAGCUGAGAGGCCUGCUGCUGGAGGAGCGACUGUCUGGGUCGAGCCUCUUAAUAUUUCUGAACAAGACAGACAUAUCGGGUGGCAUGACUGUGGAAGAAGUAACUGACGCCCUUCAGCUGCGGCAGAUCCAUACUCAUCGCUGGACCGUCUUUCCUUCCAGUGCCAUGACCGGACAGAACCUGGAGCCGGGUCUGGGGUGGGUCGUCAAAGAUGUACAGGACCGGAAUUUUGGCUUCGGUGGUCAGUAG